AUGAUCGACUUCAUGCUGCUCGUGAGCCGCCAAGGCAAGACGCGCCUCUCCAAGUGGUACUCGGCGGUGCCCCUCAAGGACAAGGCGCGCAUCAUCCGCGACGUGACGUCGCUCGUGCUCGGCCGGCCGCAGAAGCAGUGCAACUUUAUCGAGUGGAAGGACCAGAAGAUCGUCUACAAGCGGUAUGCGAGCUUGUACUUUGUCGCGUGCAUCUCCAAGGAAGAGAACGAGCUCAUUACGCUCGAGAUCAUCCACUUGUUUGUCGAAGUCCUCGACCGGUACUUUGGCAACGUGUGCGAGCUCGACAUCAUCUUCAACUUUCACAAAGCGUAUUAUAUCCUGGACGAGCUCCUCAUUGGUGGCAACCUCCAAGAGCCGAGCAAGAAGGAGAUUCUCCGCGUCUGCAACCAGCAAGAAGACUUUAUGGAAGAGACCAAGGAAGAGAUGUUUGUGCGCCCGCGCAACACGACGCGCUAA